AGCCUCAACUCUUGAUUUUUUUUUUUUUUUUUGUAAAUUGUCAUUCAUAUUGCUGUCAAGCUGUCAGAGUUAAUGUGCCAAUGGCUAAAUAUGAUACCUGUGCCUUCAAUUCCUUCCUGGGUCUAGGAGAACACUUACCAUAAGUCCGUUUGUUCAUUGCUCAUUGUUUGUCCUGCAGUUUAUGUAAAAAGAAAAGUCUUGGUUUCCCUGUAGAAUGUAGUUUUCUGUGGUGGUAGUGAUGGUAUUCAGAAAAGAGAGCCUUUAACUAAAUGAGGAUAACCGGCUGCUACCAGGCUUAGCGUUGGUGCUGGGAAAGUUCACUCACUUGGGAAACUUGGACAAGAAAAAUUCAAUCAUGGUUGAUUUUAGAAGGGAGAAUGGUGUAUGGUAUUGCACAUAUCACUCAUUAGAUAUGUUUCUUUCCCAUCAAAAUUGAAAAUGUUGCAGACUAGACAUUUCAGAGCUUCCUGCACAUUUAUAGAGUUGUCAUUUCAAGGUUCCCACAUGAGAAUAAUACACAGAAUCCAUCAACAUUACUGCCUUUCUUUAUGCUACUUGUCUGCUUGGCCAGUGUUUGUCAUUUUUCCAUUGUGGGGUAACUGUUUAGAUUCAGGUGAAGCUAAUCCAGACUAAAGCCUUUUUUUACGUGGUCAAAAAAAACAAGCAAAAGUAUUUAUCUUAAUAAAUGCUUUUUAAAAAAUUUCAAUGCAAAAUCUAAUUGACAGUUUUAAUUCUUCCUAAGAUGCUAACAGACCCCAAUUAAAACAGGGAAAAAGGAAAGUGAUUUCUUUUGAAGGACAGCCCUCUGUUGACCUUGGGACCUUGUUACUCCCCCAUACAUCAGUUUUUGACAGGGUCUGCUUUUUGUGAUCUGUGACAGAUCAAAGGACUACUGUAGGUUUGUAGAGGAUUGCUGCGCGUUGCAUUCAGUCUCGUUACUGUCUCAUUUUUGUGAAAGAUACAGACAAGUGUGAGAGACAUUAAUGAGCUUGGUGCAUUCUGUUCCACAAGGCUUCACCAGAAACCAAAUGACUGAUCUCAUCUGGGCUUUCCCAGGAACAAUAAAUAUGCUUUAAAACUUCUUCUGGAAAGCUGGUUGCAUUUUGCUACCCUUUCCAUGUACAAGAGACAGCUUUUGCAUAAUUCUUUCAUAUAUAAAAAAAAAAAAAGAGAUUUUAGCUCCAGAAGUGAAGUGAUAUAAAAAGGAAAGGAGGACUGGGGGAGGGGAAUGCUUUGCCAAGAUGUCAUUCAAGUAGGCAAGAAGUACUGCAGGAAUUUAGCAUGCAAAACAAUGUGAAAAUAUACGUCUGCAUUUGCAUCCAUAGCUCCCAUGUAUCUGUACACACAUACUGACAUCCACAUCUGCAUGGUUGGUUGUAACGUACUGGUGCAACUGUGAAUCUGAACCUUAACCUCUCAUGUUACAAAACAUUAUCUGUGAUUUCCCUAGGUAGGAAGUAAUCAGGCUAAGUUUCAGCACAAUUUUAGGAGAUUUUACCAAGUAACCUGCAAAUGGAAAGGUCAAGAAUUGAGGUAAAUGAAAUUUGGCAUUCCACAUUCAGUUUAUGGCAUCUGAUAGAUUUGUAUUUUAUAGUCUCUUCAGGCAUUUUUUGUUCACUCCGCAUGCUUCCACUGUGUCAGUAGUUUGAAAAAUUUGGAAUAUCGCUGUUUCAUACUUCCUACAAUGAAGGUUUAAAAGAUUAUGCUGGCCAAGGAGCUAGCUCCUCACAUUUACAAGUACAGAAACUGGACUUAGGAUGUGUUACAGUCUGUGCACUGCGUAGAGAAGGGCUGAAAUCUGCAGUUUUCUUAGAUGUCUCUUACUUAUCAAAUUGCUCUUAUUUCUUCUUGCAAUGAUUUUUCCCUCAUGAUAGCCUGCACAUUCAAGUGCAUCUGUUCACCUCUAAAUAAUUUGCUGGAAAAAGUUUCUGUACAACAUUUGUUGCCAUGUUAAAUUUCCCUGUUCCUUUGAUCUUUGUUCUUUCUUUCUGUAGCCCAUGGACAAUUCUACAUCUUAGCAUUGCUUGGAAUGGGUACUGCUUCACGUGGCUGUUCUUCAGGAUUCUUUUUCUGUUUUGAUAAAUACCGUGGUAGGAUAUCUUAAUGAGAAAAGGCACUUAUUCCGGUAGGGCAGAAGGAGCUCACCUGUUCUUUAAUAAAAAAUCGGAGUCGUGUUAUUAAACUCUGGUAACCAUUGGCUCAAGAUCUCAGACUUAUGAUUCCUUGAAUUAGGGAGAUCUAUUGAUUGAUGCUCUCUUUCUGUUCUAAAGGUGGAAUAGGAAGGUUGACUAGCAUAAUUAUUCUUUUGUUCUGUCACUGGGCGUAUUAUGAGCCGCCUUCUAUAACCAGGAAUGGAGUGAGAGCAGUUCAUUACAGUGACUGCUGGGAUUUCUGAUACCUGAUUCCGUUAAGGAUAACAACUUCUUUGAGAGGCAUUCACAGACUGUCUGCAGUCAUCCUGCAUUAUUAAACGAGUGAGAAUUAACUUGUGCUGACAGUGCAGUCUGCAGUAUGUUCCGUUGUCAUUUUUGCUGCUGUCCUAAUGUACUGCACAAUUUACAUUUACUGCACUGAAUCUGUAUUAAAACAUUUUAAUGUUUUGCAGGCAACUUUUUGUUACAGCAGGCUGUGAAAUACACAGGCUUUUUUCUCUUUUGUAUAUUCCCUGAGAAUGACUUCCUUGGCACAUGUUUACAACCCCAGGACCUGAGCCAGUUAAGAGGAUUCAGUGUGCGGCAGGGAUACUGAAAUGCAAAAUCUUAAAGGCUGUAAUGACUCGUUAAAUUGUUAAUAGUUAAUUGGCUCAAGCCAACACAUACAGGGAAGAUCCAUUACAGCUCUAAGCAAACUGUGAAGAUCACAAGAGCCUUGCUAGAGAUAACAGAAAAGAGAUCAUGCUUGGAUAGUCCUAGAACAGUAUGCAUCUAGGAUCUCUUGGUUUGUGUUCAUUUUCAGGCUUCUUUGCUGAAGUUGUUCAGCAAAGUCAACACAACCUGGUGUUGACUACCUGCCUUAGGUUAAUAAUCAGCUUUUCCUUCAGCUGGUUUGAAGAGAAAUGAUCCCUAGCACACAGUCUCUAGGCCUAAACGUUUCACAGCCAAACUGCCUUGGCGGAGUGCCAUUCUGUUUGCACUUUGAGAAUGGGAGGGAGGGAAGGAAAGGAAUGCAAAGCUGGCCUGGUUUAACAAGUAUGCAUAUCGGGAGAGGGCUUGGUAUUCCUUCUAUUAUUUUUUCACUGUUUUUUCAGCAGCUUGUGACUUACACUAGAUUUUAAUAUUAUCAAGUAAAAGGGAGGGUUUGACAGCUACAUCUCAGAUGGAUUCACAAGUAAUAUUAGUGCUCGUAAAGUCUCCAGCAUUAAUAGAAGUAGAGCAUGGUGGUGUGAACACUGGUACUGAUGGGCACUGUCCACACUUAGGGUCCAUUCAGUUUAGGUCAGUCUCGACGAGAAGGUCCAACCUCUGGAGGUCCUGCUCAGCCUCUGUAACUUCUAUAGGUUGUAGCCUUGCGAAGAGGCUGUCAGUUAUCUGGUUGCUAGAAAUUUGGGAACAUUCUGCAGCGCUUUCACCCUUCUUUUGACAGUGGAUUAUAGUUUGAACUUUCAGUAGUUAUGCUAGCUUGCUGUGCUGUGAGAGCAGGAUGCAAGGAGAGUUAUGUCUGCCAACUAAGUCCUGUCAUUUACCUAGUCAUUUUUAAAAGCUGAGUAUAUCAUACCUUGAGUAAUUCAUUCCUAUUCUUACUAUAUAGAAAAGGCAUGUUAGUGUGUAUUUUGUUUGGCAGUCCCACGAGUGGAUAGUGCAAAAGAUGAGUCAGUCUUUGUGCCUAGGAAGAAACCAGCUCAUCUACGUUAUAGCGAUGAAAUUGUUUGUUCGUAAAAUGUUCAGAUAAUAAAUGGUUGCUUAAAGAUUGAGCCAUGUGUCUGUCAUAAUUCAUUACCUAUGUAAUAUGGUGGAAGUUGUGUGCCAUAUCCCUUUUUCGUUAUCCUCAGUUUGAGUUUCAGGCUUCAAAAAUGGUGAUCUUGGCCUCUGUGGUUUCUGCUCAGGCUAGCUUUAUUUUAAAGCUUGCACUCUAGCUUUCCCUAUGGGCUUGGCCCUGCAGUCUUUUGCCUGACGUAAUUCUUUUUAUCAUGGUGUCAGAAUUUUCUGACUCAUGUUUCAUGCUGUUGUCAAAAAUAGCAGAUCGGUUCUUCCAGUCAGGACACUUCUACAGUGUUCAGAUUUCAAGCGUGUUUGCUCUGACUCGGUGAUUACGUUUUAUAACUGCUGCACACUGUAUCCCACACUGUACUGGGACCACGAUACCCUAUUCCCUCUGUGUUACAGAAGUGGAAAGCUGCUGAUGAAAUAAUAAAUGGUCAGUGGCAGGAUAUAUCAACCCAAGAUUAUAUUGACUAAUGCAAUUCUUCUGGAGAAUCCUGUUGAAGAAAAGCAGAAGUUACACUUUAAUCUCUAAUAGAAGAAAAUCUUUGCAUUGGAGAUAUAUAUCAAGAGUGGUUGGAGGACAUUUAGAUCUGCACCCUUGAGAAAACUGGUGGUGUGUUUAAUACCUCCUAGUAGGAUGCAAAGUUUAAGAGACCGUAAGAUGACUUUUAGAAAAAUAAUGCAUCAUCAGUCAUCCUUUUUUACAGAACUUAUAUGACUUAUUCGUUAAACAAAGCAUUUUGUACUUGACAAGUCAUAAAAUAUUGUAGACAGGAGUUUUGUUUAAUGUCAUCCAAAUACAGACGGAUGUAUGAAAGCUUUUAGCUUCAUCCAUAAAGUGUCAGAGCAAGAACGAUGAAAAAUUACAAUUGACAACUAACUCACCCUGUUACACUGAAAUACUAGAAAAAUUCUGGUUUUAUCUUACCGAACAAUCUCCUUUCUUAUUUGAAACUGGAUUCACAACAGGCUGUCUUAAUUUCUGCAUACUUUAUUUUCAGUCUGGUUUGAGCCUAAGACACAUUGGUGUGCUAUUUCAAUUUGGUUUUAACCCUCUUGUUGAAACCAAGACUUGAAGAAGAUGACUGUUAAUUAUCCACACAAUGGAAACUGCUGGAGUCAUUGUGUUCUCAUUUCCCAUGUACACCAUGGCUCCUCCGGUAGUGAGGAGCAUCUUGAGUUCUUCCUUUGGAAGAUCAGCAAUUCCCUGAAAGUCCCUGGGGAUGGACUUGCCUCAUGCACCUCUUCUUGCACUACAAGGCAUGAUCAAAAGAUACUGAUGAUAGAGAUAUGGUACGUAGUUUGUAUUUGUGAUGAAAUUCACUAGUACAUGCCUCAAAAAAUACUCUGGCCAGUCACCACUCUGCAGCCAUGGGUCCCCUUCAUAUGGCUGUGUUGGGGCACCGAAGUCCUGUUAAGUUUCCAAGGCAAGUUCAGGUCAGUGGUGGAGCUUGGUUUUUGGCCGGAGAGGGGCUGGAUGAAGUCGGUGCCUCCCUGAGCCGCCUGCAGUUUGCUCCUGCUGCCUCUAAGUGGCCUACACUGCUCGGUGAGUCGCUCUUUCUUUCUCUGCGAGCAAGCUCCCUUUUUCUCUGCCUCUCUUUCUCCCCUCCUCUUAUUCCAGCAGUCAGGCAGCUAAUUAACUGCACAGGCCGGCCUUCAGUGCAUAAUAUUGUAAUGAGGUAGGAGGGAGAGCCACAGCUGCUCCAGCAUGAGCAGCAGGCUCUGUUCCUGGUGCCAGGAACUAGGAAGGAGCUGAGGGUUUGUUUUUUUUUUUUUUUUUUUUCCCUUUGUAAGUUGACUGAAGCGUAGACCUUCCGAGCAGAUAAAGGCAGGUCUGCCUCCGAGAGCAUGAGCCGGGUGCCGGGGUCCUAGAGGAGCCUUGGGAAGAGCUGGCCAGGGACCGAAGAUGGGCAACCAGCCUGGGCGAGCGGAGGAGCACGACCAAGGAGCGGUCUCAGCUGCAAAGCGCACAGGGAUUCCAGCACCCCGGGAAAUAUCAUCAUCUGUAUCGAGAGAGAGAGCUGUAUUGCGUGGUCAAGCCAACACUAGGAAAACUCAGCCCAGCCCCACUUCUUCUGGUACACCGACUCCUACCAAACAUGUGCGUCCCACUAGCAAGUCAAAGCAGGAGAGUGAAACUGGUGACAAGGCUGUUUUGGAAUCUCAGGUUAAAGAACUCCUGGCAGAAGCAAAGACAAAAGAUUCUGAAAUUACCAGGCUCCGUUGUGAACUGAAGAAAUGCAAAGAGAAAGGGUUGCUUAACCCUGAACCUUCAGACCAAAAUUUAGAACCAUCGUCACCUGUUGACAUAGACCCACUAAUAAGGACCCUUCAGGAAAAAAACAGGACUUUUCAAAAAGAGCUUGCCAGCCUGGGAGAAGAAAACCGUGUUUUGAAAGAAAAAUUGCUUUAUCUAGAGAACUCUCCUCUCUCAGACACAACAACAAGCAGUGGAGGUGACAGCAGCCUCCCAACCCCAACUACCCAAGAAUCCAGUUUUGGAAGCCCAUCAAAAAAUGCAUUGAGAAAUGAAACAGAUGAGCACAGGCAGCGAGUGAAUGGGGGCGCACUGCGCAACUCAGGCUCUUCCAGCAGCGAUGUCACUAAAGCUUCCUUGUCACCUGAUGCGUCAGAUUUUGAACAUAUAGCAGAUAUACCUUCCAGGCCAACAUCCUCCAACAGCAACCACGUCAAAGGUUCCAAAUGCUCCACUACAGGAAGUUCUCCAAACAAUAUUAGCGACCUUUCUGUUGCAUCUCUUACAGAGAGAAUACAGAAAAUGGAGGAGAAUCACCAUAGCACAGCAGAAGAACUACAAGCCACUUUGCAGGAGCUGUCAGAUCAACAACAAAUGGUGCAGGAGCUGACAGCAGAAAAUGAGAAGCUAGUGGAAGAGAAAGCUCUCUUGGAGACUUCCUUUCGUCAACAUAGAGACAGAGCAGAACAGCUGAGUCAAGAAAAUGAAAAGCUAGUGACUCUCCUCCAAGAGCGGUCCAAGAAUGAAGAAAGCAGAGCUCAGGAGGGGAAAGUCCUUGAACUGGAACAGAAGUGUGCAGAAGUUCUUGAAAAAGCACAGUUUGAAAGAGAGAAAUUGCUUAACAUUCAGCAACAGUUAACCAGCAGCCUGAGAAGCUUAGAAAGGGAGCAUCAAGAUGCCCAGCAGGUGAUUAAAGGCCUGAGAGGUGAAAAUGAGAAGCUGCUUAAACUACUAGAAGUGGAACAGCAGAGCAACAGCACAGUUACAAAAACUCUGGAGGACUGUAAAAUUGCGUUGGAAGGUCUAAAAAUUGAGAAUGGGUCUCUAAAAACCCAGUUAGAGAGUGAAAAACAAAAGGCUGCCGAAAUCAAUGCAAUGGGAUGUACUACUGACACCUCGGAGGUGCAAGAGAUGCUGAAAGUAGCCCAUGCAGAAAAGGAUCAGUUAGAAGCAUCUUGUACCGAGCUUAAGCAAGAGCUGCUGAAGGCUAACAGUGAACUGAAGCAUGUUCAGGGGCUGCUAUCUAAGGCUGAGAAUGAGUGUGGUCAGCUGAAGGAGGUGUGUGACCGGCAGGCUGAGCAACUGAGCAGAACCAGCCAGAAGUUGCAGGAAAAAACAUCAGAGAACGAAGCAGAUAUCAAAAACCUGAAGGAGACCAUUUUCGAGUUGGAGGACCAGGUGGAACAACAUCGUGCUAUCAAACUUCACAACAACCAGCUCAUCAGUGACCUAGAAAGUAAAACAAUGAAGCUGGAGGAGCAAAAACAAGAUAUAGAGAGGCAGUUGAAGACUCUGACUAAGCAAAUGAAGGAAGAUACAGAAGAAUGGAGGCGUUUUCAAGCCGAUCUGCAGACUGCAGUGGUUGUAGCCAAUGAUAUUAAGUGUGAAGCCCAGCAGGAGCUCCGUGUAGUGAAGAGGAAGCUUCAGGAGGAAGAGGAGAAGAGUGCUAGACUGCAAAAGGAGCUGGAUGAAGUGAAGGGCAACAACAGGCUGACAGCUGAAGAGGUAGAAUCUAUAGAGGCAGAUACAAGCAACCGCUGGCAAGGAGUCUGCAUUAACAGAGCAUCUCCCACGCCAUCAGAAUCUGCAGCCACUGUGAAGUCGCUGAUAAAAUCAUUUGACUUAGGAUGUUCAGGUAGCACUGGACAAAAUAUCUCAGUUCACAAGGUCCCCAGGAGCCCUCUAAGUGGAAUUCCAGUGAGGACAGCCCCCGCAGCUGCUGUUUCCCCCAUGCAGAGACAUUCUGUUUAUAACAAUACAAAGCCAGCCAGCAAAGGGGUUGCCAAGCACGCAGAACUUUCAGACCUUCCUCUUGCAGACCUUCUGAAGGGGAGAAAUGAAGAGCUGAAACCAGACCAUUACCUCCGUAAAAGCCCGUCCCUGGAAUCCCUGAGCAAACCCCCUAUGGCCUUCAGCAGCAGAAUGCUUACCUCAACCUCCAGCAGCUUGAAACCCCAAAGCAAACUCAGUGUGGAGAGAAAAGACCCAUUGGCAGCCCUUGCCCGGGAGUAUGGUGGUUCGAAGAGGAACGCUCUGUUGAAAUGGUGCCAAAAGAAGACAGAGGGCUACCAGAAUAUUGAUAUUACCAACUUCAGCAGCAGCUGGAGUGAUGGGCUUGCCUUCUGUGCUCUGCUGCACACGUAUUUGCCUGCACAUAUUCCUUACCAGGAGCUCAACAGCCAGGAUAAAAAGAGGAAUCUGCUGUUAGCAUUUCAAGCUGCUGAAAGUGUAGGCAUCAAACCCAGCCUGGAACUCAGUGAGAUGAUGUACACAGACCGGCCAGACUGGCAGAGUGUGAUGCAGUACGUCGCCCAGAUUUACAAGUACUUUGAGACCUGAGACACAGAGCAAGAGGUGGACAGAAGUGGGGAAGAGAACAAAGAAUGCCACAGAUGCACUCGAUCACUUUAAAAAUCCCCUUGCUCCUCUUCCACAACCAACCUAAGCUCUUAGUUUGAAAGAAAGCUUUUUCAUAAUUUUGAUUACAUCUGGGACUACAACCAAAUAAAUAACCAUUGUCCAUCUAUACAAACCAAAUUCAUCUGCGAUUUUAUUCUCACAUGAAAAUUGCAAGAUGUUUUCAAAGAGGCCUGGGUUAUUUCUGAAGAAGAUUCCUUGUGCUAAACAAUGUUUGCCUCAAACCAGGCUCUACCAACAGGAGACCUGCCACGAAAUGAAGUUUUAAGUCAAUGUGGACUAUGCUGGCACUCAAGGAAAGCUGGGAAGUUAAUACAAAAGCUCACAAAACUGCUCUUCUUGCCAAAACAUGUUUAACUCAUCCCAAAUAAGUUUUUUUUUUCCUCCAUAUAUUUUAUAAGACAUUGUGACAAACCUGUGUGUGUAAAACCUUAACCGGAGUUAUUCUCACACAUCCGACCGAGUAAGUCUGCUAGGUUGCUUGCCGUAGCUUAUCCAGCAGGAUAAUACCACAGUCAUUUGUAACUUGGGAACCACGCUGUGUUCAACUACCAGUUAGCGAGAGAACUCUAGAAGAACAAGUUAGGUGCUGGGACUCCAUUUCAGAUCAAACUGAAGUAAUCUCAGAGAAAAAUAGCAUUAUUACUGCAGUUUCAUUACUAUAGCUUCACUGUUAAAGGAAGCCAGAGCCUUAUUACCCAGCUGGCUGUACAGACACUUACCAUAGGAAUAUUGCAAAUGUAAGUUACUAGCUUUAGUUCUACAAGGUGCCAGUAAUCAGGUGGUGCCUCUCUGAGCAAUACAGUGACAUCUCAGUAGUUCAUAUUUUGUGGAGUAACUUCUCUCCUGUGUUAAACUCUUAAAUGCUUAGAAGUGGGGUUACGCUGUAAAGGAACACAGUACUGUAUUGGUAACAAUGACAGCUGAAGCUUCACUCUGCAAGCUGCCAUGUAGUACUGUGUUCCCCUCUCUGCAUCACAGAAAUCUCCAAGGCGCCAGAGAAUGGCUUUUCAGCUCAAUAAUACUGUUAGUAAAAUGUCUGAAAGAUACUGUUUAAUUUACAUUAGACCAUUUCUCUUAUUUCACCCCAUGAAGUUAAAUGUUCUGUUUGUCUCCAGUGGGAGCAGGAUCGAGCAGGCUGCUUAAUUUGUUCUAGGAGCAGGUCUUUGAGAGGAUGGUGUACAGGAUCUUAUAGAAGGCUGCCUAGCUGCUUUAGAUUAUGCUGGUAGAAGAAAGGAGUUGUUUAGUUAGGUUGUUUAACCCUGGGACCCUGACCGAAUGCAUCGUGGAAGUUAAUCAUAGGCAGCUAGGUAUCUUGAAGAAGAAAAUAAUAGCAUGUGCUUACUGCUCUUAGCACCUGAACAGAAAGCUCAUGAAAUAGAAACAGGUGAUUUCGCAGAGGAAGCUUGUUGUUUCAGGUUUUCUGGGGCUUUGCAGGUGGCUGAUCUCAGCCUCUGGCUUCCCCAUAGUACUUUGGUGGGGGGAUAUUGUUUGGUUUUUUUUCUAUACCAUUUAAUUAGUAAACAACCUAUUUCAAACUUUGGUUUUCUCACAGCAAAACAGAGAACUAGGGGAUAGAUGACAGCAGCCAAGGUCAGUGAGUGCCUUGAACAGGAAGGAAGCUGGAGCAAUACAACGUAUGCCUGUUUCACAGAAGGAGAAAAGCAUCACUUGUUCCUGAGUCUGACAUUUAUUCUAAUCCACCACCCCAGGAAGGUCUGAUUCCAAUCUUUUGAGAGUCCAUGUGAUAAAAAGUGGCACGCACUUACAGUGCUCUUGGACUCUUUGGUGUCAUCCUAUACUUUGAGAAAGCAGUUGUAAAUGCUGGCUAGAGUUAUUUCCUUGCAAGAGAGUGCUUUCUAGAUUAAAUUAAGUCCUCAGUAAUUUUUGGUGUACACUCUGGCAUCCCUAGAGAACGUAGGAUGUGUUGCUCUAAGUGUUCUCAAGUAUAAGUUUCCCAUUAUGUGAUAAGAGGGAAGAGAAAAAUAGUUGCUAAGCAGAGUUCAUUUAGGAAGGGAGCCACACUGCACAGCUCCUUCGCCUUGUGGAUGCAGCAGGCUCUUUUCCCUUGAGGUAUCCGUUGGCAGAGAUCCUAACUCUCCAACGGGCUCUAGUUCAAAGCGUGGUGAAGUCAACACAGAAAAUUCCAUAUUCCUCAGUGGGCUUUGGAUUGGACACUUGGAGAGAUGAGAAAAACUGUUUUCAUUCCCAGAGUCUGGAAAACAUUUCAAAGUCAGAGGGCUCCACAUGAUCUAAAAAAGAAAUAUAACCUUAACCCUUUGUUGCUGGAAAUGCCUGUGUUCCUGAUGCCUGUCCAGAUGUACACUGUGUACAUACCUUAUCUAAUAUGUCAGUUGCGUUUGCUUCGAGCACUGCUCUGACAUCUAUUCUCAUCUGUUUCUCUGAGACUGAUUUUAGCUUUACAAACCAUUCCACCACUUGAUCUAGCAGCUUUUGAUUUUUUAAAUCAAUUUUGCAAAGCACUGUUCCUGUCGUCUCUUUGCAGCUUUUCUCAUACCCCCAAAUAGUCCAAACACUAAUUCUACCCAAUUGUAAUGGUAUAUUCUUAAAAAUAAUCUUACUUGCCUGGGAGUUAGAACAAGUUGUCCUCUGUCAGCAGGAACAAAGAUACUCUGUUUUACCAGUUGCUCAGUGUUACUUUCCAGUGUUCAAAACUGCAAAGCAUCUCACUGUGAAAUGCUGAUGAUUUGAGAUUGAGAUGCUCUUCCAGGUUAUUUUUGAGAUGAAGGACUGUGUUUAUUUGUUCAUUUACCUGUUACUAUAUUGCAUAUUUCUCCUUCCCUUUGAAUCUUGCACAGUUACGUUUCUAGACCCAGAUUUUCAGAAGUAAGUGUUGUUUUUUGUUGCUGCCUAAAAAUUUGAAUAAGAAUUUGUCCUGUACAAGAUGCUGCAAACCAGCCUGGUUUUCAGAAAAUACCAAGCAUCUGCAGGCUCUUGUUAGACAUCUCCAAUUGGAACUGCAAAAUGAAAGUUCUAGCUGACUUUGAUAUUAAAGAGCUUGUUAAUUAAGAUAAGCUACAGUGUAUAGGAAUAAUCUUCAUAGAAGUUUUAAGAAUCCUCUGAAAAUGUGCUAGAUUGGAAUAUGUGAUGAUAUGACAUGGAUAGUAUGAUGUGUGGUAUUACUGACAGCUUGCCUGGCUUUGCCUCUUAGGAGUAAUGGAUCUUUCCGUGAUGCAGGCUGAUUAAAUCUCUUCACCAUGUGUUCCCUAAAUAUACCCUAACUCUAAAACGCACCUGCACACAGCUGUGUGUGUGUGUGCUUGGGUAGUCCAUCAGACUGCAAGAAACCAUGGAGAUGGUUUGGGUUGAGCACGUGAGAAGAAUGUUUAAGAUGAGGAUUUCGGUGAAGUUCCAGGGAGGGGUAUUGCAUCGUGUAGCUGUUGUACUAGAGCUGCUAGAGAGGGAAGGAAAUUAGAAGUAUGAAAAGUGUAUGAUCUGACUCCCAGAAUUUCUGGUGGUUCAUAGAAGGUGCGAAGUAUUUCAUGGCUUGGGAAGGUACAGGGGAGUUGAGAAGCGAGCCCAGAGUCAGCUCUCUGAGAAGGUUUUCUAGAAAGGCUGAUGAGCUGUUCCUGAAAGUACGCAGUGAAACUGAAUGGAGUGAAAGUCCAGUAUGUGAGGAGAGGGGGCACAUAUGGGAAAUGUAUGCCUGCGCCUUUGUGGACAGCAAAGGAUGCGGAUGUCUGUAGGUUUUCAGCUUGAGAGUCCUUGCUGAUUGUCAUCUUGAGUGGCGUUUCUCCUAAGAGUGCAGCCUGGGAUGGAGCUUGGAAGAUGAGGAGGGAAGAGAGCACACAGCUUGCUGCCUCUACCAGGUUUGCCCUCCUGUGCCUGUGAUAUUCAAGAAAAUGCACAGGAGCCAAAGACUUCCCUGUUUUUCCUGUGCUGCAGCAAGGCAGCCGUACGAAGCAGACUGAUUUUUGACUUAUGCAGAUUCUCCAGUUUCUUCUCCGUGAAGCACAUUCUCUUCCUUGAGUUUUGGCAGGUUUUCAUAAUUAUUAUUUUUUUUCAGGUUUUCUGUGUGAUUGUUCUUGUUUUAUAUGUGCAAACAGUAUGUGCAAGUUUUCUGUCCAAACCAAAUAGGUGCACGCUGGCAGAAUGAUUGCAUCUGCCCGGUGUGAUUCCUGACCUGGAGCUCUUCAAAAUCUUGCUUUUGGCUUUGCUGAUUUUUCUGUCUCACUUCCUUGGCAAUGAAAAUGAGAGCGUUGGCUCAUCCAGUUGUAGGUUGUUUGUACCUCCCUCAUCUUUCUCUGCUUACGGUACCAGGUCUUCCAGCAGGAAGUAUCUGACGGGGCCAGCUGUUUGCAAAGCUGUGCCUUGGGUAUCUGAUCAGAUGCAGAGUCUGUAUGGGAUGAGAUUAUGCAUUUUCCUGUCAGAAGAGGGCUUUUGCCUAAAAAGACUCAGGGCACUGAGCAUUAAGACAUAUUUUUAAACCCAGCAAUAACUUCUACUAUGCUAGACUAGAUGUUUUUUAUCAACUCCAGUGCCAUUUAGACUCACCCACCAAUGUGGUGUAGAAUCAAGCUUAUAACUUAACCAGGGUUAACAUUUUUCACAACUGACGGUCUCUACAUUUUUAACUUGCACGUGUGCCAAGUUCCGUUGGGCAGGGCUGGACACAAUGUUUUUAUUGAUUAUUGGUCCAGGCUCCAGUUUGUCAUAUAGGAUAACCAUCUCUAAACUGUCAAGUUCUUUUAGCUUUCUCUGUUGGAUACAGAUGUUACAUCGUAAUCUAAUUUAUACAAAGAGCACAUUAGAAUGUAUAUACUAGGCAUUGCCAAAUUUGGACAUGCUAAUAUUUAAAGAUUAACAUUAUUAAAAUGUAUGAUGCAAAAAUCUGUGUAAUAUUUCUAAUAAAUCUUUUUCUGUUUC